AAAAGAAACUGAAAUUGACGAAAUUACUUACUGCUGAACCGAUAACUGAAACUGAAAAGGAGCAGAAAACAGUGGAAAAAGAAUCGAAAAUAACAGAGAAGGAAGAAGGUGAAACUGAAAUGGAUGCAGAAGAACAAACUUUUACUGAAGCUAAAGAGGAGGAAUCCGAAUUUGAAUCAACACCUGAUGCGACUGAUAGGAGAAAAAAAGAAACACCAUCAACGGCUGAUACUUCUGACACUUCAGAUACUUCAAUUGGUUCUAAAACACCUUCCGAAUCAUCACCAGCACCAUCUCAAACCUCACAAGAAUUUACGCCUAUUUAUCCUACUAUUAAAAAUUCGGAAGAACUAAUUCCGCCGCUUACCAGUUCAAAUCAGGAACCUGCUCCUUUGGUUACAGCAGAAGCUGCAAAUACGAGCAAUGUUAGCAGCAGUAGUCGUUCGCAGAAAAUUGACAGCUCAACCAUAAUGGGAUUUGAUAUGAUGUUUGAUGAUGAACCGAUUAUCCUUUCCACACCGGCAUGUCAAGUUCUGGGAAUUAUAAUGAACCAACAAUUCUUUAAAAAUGCUGCAGCAUCAGAAACGGAAAAUGAUUUAAUUCGGAUGUACUUUGCCGGAAAAAUCCCCCCAGGACGUGAAAAAGAUGCCCAAAAAGCACUAGAAAAAGCAGUUAACCUAGCUGUCACAAGGGUAAAAUCAAGCGGAUUAAGUAAAGAUUUAUAUAGUUUCCUAAAUAAUAACCGUGUAAUGGCAAUUAGUUUGAUAAUCGACGCGAUGAAAUAUCGGCAAAAAGAAUUUCUGCCAGAAUUUUGGACUUAUAAUCGAAUGAGUAAAAAAGAACCUCCACCAGAAUCUCCUUUUUAA